AUGGUUUAUAUGAUUGCUCAUGGAGUGAAGUUAACGAGAACCAAGUUGUUACUGCUAGUGGUGAUGGAUCAAUAAUGUUGUGGGAUACCACGCUCAUGGUUGUUUCUCUUAUUCAGCAUG